CAGGGCAGCAGCAGUUCAAACUGAGAGGCAGACAGUAACAGAGCUUCAUUGAGAGAAGAUGUUUUAUUAAAAGGGAGGAAAAGUUACACACUUAAACACACCAAUAAACACAGCUUUUCACACAGACAGACAAGCAAGACCUGGCUGAAGUUAUUACACUACCAUCAGAGAGCAAGUAAUAAGAGUUUUCUGUUUUAACCCCCAUCACACACACAUAUUCACACUGUGGUGUUGGUGCAGACUGUGUGUGCAAACCAGUGUGGAGAGCAGGGCUGUCCGUGCUGAACAAGUAGCACAUCGAGGAGGAAGGAGCAAGCGAGUGGAUGGAUGCCUUUUGCAGACUCAGUGGCCUGGACCCUCUGUGGGACUGGAACCGCACAUGGUACACAGCCAACCCCGAUUUAACCCAGUGUUUCCAGAACACAGUGCUGGUCUGGGUCCCCUGUAUUUAUCUGUGGUUGUUGGUCCCUUUUUACUGUCUUCACCUUUACUGCCAUGAUCAUGGCCGGAUUGAAAUGUCCUACCUUUGCAUCACAAAGAUGGUGCUGGGUUUCCUGCUGGCUUCAUUUGGUUUUGUGGAGUUCUUCUACAUCUUGCUGGAGAGAAGCCAGGAGAUCCAGCAGCACAUGGUCUUCCUACUUAGCCCCAUCAUGCGCAGCAUGACUGUGAUCCUGGCCUUAUGCAUCAUUCAGAUGGAGAGGAUAAGAGGCUGUCGAUCUUCUGUAUUCCUCUUCCUGUUCUGGGUCUUAUCUGUUGUUUGUUCCUUGGUGCCUCUCAGAGCAAAGAUCCAGCUUGCCAUUGAUGAGGGUAUUGCCUCUGAUAUUGUACGCUACCUCGCCUUCUUCUCCUACUUUACAAUCCAACUGGCCCAGCUCUUCUUGUGCUGUUUUGCUGACCAGCCUCCACAGGGAAAACCCAUCUUGGAGAAGAAUCCCUGUCCUGUGAAAGAUGCCUCUUUCCUGUCACAGAUUCUCUUCUGGUGGUUCACUGGGCUUGUUGUGAAAGGAUAUCGCACUCCUCUGCAAGCAGAUGAUCUGUGGACUUUGAGGGAGGAGGACACGUCACACAAGAUCAUAUCUGAACUUCAACAGGACUGGACAGCUGAAUGUGCUAAAAUUCAGAGGCAGGAGAAAGCCUUAGCAUCGGGUGUGUCUCUGGGGAGCAGGCUGCCAGACCAGGCCCAGCUCUUCAGAAAGUUGCAGAAGAAGCAGAGCUCUGGCUUCUUCCUGCUCAGGACGCUGGCACGCAAGUUUGGUCCAUACUUCCUGACCGGCACUUUGUGUAUCAUAUUUCAUGAUGCCUUCAUGUUCGCCAUCCCUCAGGUGCUAAGUCUUCUUCUAGGUUUUAUGAGAGAUGAAGAUGCUCCACUGUGGAAGGGCUACUUUUACGCCACCCUGAUGUUCCUGCUCUCCUGCCUCCAGUCCCUCUUCAACCAUCAAUACAUGUACGCUUGCUUCACAGUCGGAAUGAGGGUGAAGACAGCUGUAAUGGGCUUGGUUUACAGAAAGUCUUUGGUGAUAAACAGCGCUGCCAGGAGGACUUGCACUGUGGGGGAGAUUGUGAAUUUGGUUUCAGCAGACACUCAGAAGCUCAUGGACUUUGUGGUCUACUUCAACGCUGUCUGGCUGGCUCCUAUUGAGAUCGCUCUUUGUCUUUUCUUCCUCUGGCAGCAUCUGGGUCCAUCAGCACUGGCUGGAAUUGCCACUGUCAUUCUCAUCUUUCCUCUCAACGGAAUUAUUGCAAAGAAAAGAAGCAAGCUUCAGGAGAUUCAAAUGAAGUUCAUGGAUGGCCGCAUCAGACUGAUGAAUGAAAUUCUAAAUGGAAUAAAGAUUUUGAAGUUUUAUGCCUGGGAGAAGGCCUUCCUGGAGCAGGUUUUGGGCUACAGAGAAAAGGAGCUCAAUGCCCUGAAGAAGUCUCAGAUUCUUUAUUCCAUCUCGAUUGCAUCUUUUAACUCCUCAUCUUUCUUGAUUGCCUUUUCUAUGUUCGGAGUCUACGUAACGUUGGAUGACAGGAACGUCCUGGAUGCACAGAAAGUUUUUGUUUCCAUGGCACUUAUCAACAUCUUGAAAACCCCACUGAGUCAGCUUCCAUUUGCAAUAAGCACAACCAUGCAGGCUCUGGUCUCACUGAGACGUCUGGGAAAGUACUUGUGCUCAGAGGAGCUGAAGGUGGAAAACGUCUCAAAGGCUCCUUUGAACCCUGAUGGUGAAGAUGUGGCCAUAGAAAAUGGCACUUUCAGCUGGUCUGCAGAGGGUCCUCCAUGUCUGAAACGAAUCAAUGUCCGUGUGCCACGAGGUUCUCUUGUUGCUGUGGUUGGGCAUGUGGGCAGUGGAAAGUCAUCUUUGUUGUCCGCCAUGCUUGGUGAAACAGAGAAAAGAAGCGGCCAAGUCACUGUCAAGGGUUCUGUGGCAUACGUGCCCCAGCAGGCCUGGAUCCAGAAUGCCACAGUCCAAGACAACAUCAUAUUUGGCCGUGAGAAGAUGAAAACAUGGUACCAACGUGUGCUGGAGGCCUGUGCCCUGCUGCCUGACCUGGACAUCUUACCUGCAGGAGAUGCUACAGAAAUUGGAGAAAAGGGGCUGAACCUGUCUGGUGGGCAGAAGCAGAGAGUGAGCCUGGCUAGGGCCGUGUACAGAAAAGCUGAUGUAUACCUGCUGGAUGAUCCACUGUCUGCUGUUGAUGCACAUGUGGGUCAGCAUAUCUUUGACAAAGUCAUCGGACCAAAAGGAGUACUUAGAGACAAGACCCGCAUCCUGGUGACCCAUGGGAUGAGCUUCCUGCCGCAAGCUGACCUCAUCCUUGUUCUGGUAGAUGGAGAAAUCACCGAGAGUGGCUCCUACCAGGAGUUGCUCAGUCGCCAUGGUGCUUUUGCUGACUUCAUCCACACUUUUGCAAGCACAGAGCGAAAAGAAAGUGCCAUACAGAGAGCUGGUUCCAGGAGGUCCAACGCUCGGCUCAGCAUGAUUGAUUUCAUGCCAUUCUCCAGAGACUUGUCACAGGAGCAGCUCAUUGGGGGUGACACCACUAAUACCAACCUGCAAAAUAUGGAGCCUGUGUCUGAAACAGACCAGGAGCAGGUAGCAGAGGACUUGGGCAAGCUGACUGAAGUUGAUAAGGCUCGCACAGGACGAGUGAGGUUGGAGAUGUACAAGAAGUACUUUAAAACCAUUGGACUGGCCAUCAUCAUUCCCAUCGUCUUCCUAUACGCCUUUCAGCAGGGGGCCUCCCUGGCCUACAACUACUGGCUCAGCAUGUGGGCUGAUGAUCCUGUUAUUAAUGGCACCCAGAUUGAUACUGAUCUGAAACUAUCUGUGUUUGGGGCUCUGGGCUUUGUACAAGGUAUUGCUAUCUUUGGUACGACUGUUGGCAUCUCCAUCUGCGGCAUCAUCGCCUCUCGCCAUUUACAUAUGGACCUCCUAGUCAACGUUCUACGCUCUCCAAUGUCGUUUUUUGAGAGCACGCCCAGCGGCAACCUCCUGAACCGCUUUGCCAAAGAGAUUGACGCCAUUGACUGCAUGGUCCCCGAAGGCCUGAAGAUGAUGCUGAGUUAUUUCUUCAAACUCAUGGAAGUCUGCAUUAUUGUGCUGAUGGCAACACCCUUUGCAGCUGUGAUCAUCCUCCCUCUUGCUUUUCUCUACGCCUUUGUCCAGAGCUUCUACGUUGCCACAUCCUGUCAGCUGCGCAGGCUGGAAGCUGUGAGCCGUUCACCCAUUUACACCCACUUCAAUGAGACGGUGCAGGGUGCCAGCGUAAUCCGGGCCUUCGGAGAACAGUCCAGGUUCAUUCUGCAGGCUAAUCAAAGGGUCGACUUCAAUCAAACCUCAUACUUUCCCCGAUUUGUUGCCACCCGGUGGCUUGCAGUCAAUCUGGAGUUUGUUGGAAAUGGUGUGGUCUUAGCUGCUGCCAUUCUGUCUGUGAUGGGGAAAAGCACCCUGAGUCCAGGCAUUGUUGGUUUAGCUGUGUCUCACUCCCUCCAGGUGACUGGAAUCCUGAGCUGGAUUGUACGAUCUUGGACCGACGUGGAAAACAACAUUGUUUCUGUGGAGAGAGUCAACGAGUAUACUGAUACUCCUAAAGAGGCCAGUUGGAACACAGAGGGCAGCUCCUUGCCCCAGGCUUGGCCCCAGAGUGGCACCAUAGAGUUCCAGGACUACGGGCUGCAGUACCGUAAAGGCCUUGAACUGGCUCUGAAAGGCAUAACGUUGCAGAUUGACAAAAGAGAGAAGGUUGGAAUUGUGGGUAGAACAGGUGCUGGGAAGUCCUCACUCGCCUUGGGAAUCUUCAGGAUCCUGGAGGCAGCAAAGGGAAAGAUCUUUAUAGAUGGAGUUGACAUCACUGACAUUGGACUCCAUGAUCUUAGGUCACGUAUUACCAUCAUACCUCAGGACCCUGUGCUGUUCUCGGGCUCCCUCAGGAUGAACCUUGACCCCUUUGAUACCUACACAGAUGAAGAAAUUUGGAGUUCACUGGAGCUCGCUCACCUUAAAGACUUUGUGUCUAAUCUGCCUGACAAACUUAACCACGAAUGUUCAGAGGGAGGCGAAAACCUCAGUUUGGGUCAGCGCCAGCUCGUCUGCCUAGCCAGAGCCUUGCUGAGAAAAACCAAGAUUCUGGUUUUGGACGAGGCAACGGCUGCUGUGGACCUGGAGACAGACACACUUAUCCAGUCAACAAUCCGCACACAGUUUGAAGACUGCACUGUGCUGACCAUUGCUCACCGCCUCAACACCAUCAUGGACUACACAAGGGUGAUCGUCAUGGACAGAGGCCACAUCUCUGAGAUGGACUCACCAGCCAAUCUCAUUUCGCAGCGGGGACAGUUCUAUCGAAUGUGCCGGGAAGCUGGGCUGGUCUAGCCCCAUGUUGAACCUUGUACAAAAGAACUGAUGACCUGGUGUGGAGAUGUGGCACAUUAUUUGUGUGACUCUUCAACACAUAUAUUGCAUUGGGCCAUUCCAAGCUUUGUGGCAGCUCAAAACUCCUCUCUAUGAGGGCAUUGUUGAUGAAUCUCAUGAGCAGCUGCUUAUGUAGUCCCUACAGUAUUUUUUUUUUUUUUUUUUUUUCCAAAAAGACACCUUAUCCUAAGUCAGGAAAAGACAUUUGUUAACCUCAGAUGAUGAACACUUUAACAAAGCUAUAGUAGAUUAUUGAUUCUCAAAGCUAUAAAUAUUGUAUAUAGAGUGGUGGGGUCAGUUUAUUCCGUACAGAAAUAUGCCAAAAGCUGGAAUAUAAGAGAAGCAAAAAUCUUACUUAUUUUGGUUCUCUUUAAGAAUGAGAGGUAUAUUAUUUUUUUAGAUUUUGUUAUAAAGCACAUGACAUAUUUUUGAUGUUGUCUCAGGCUUACACAUAGAUGUUUACUCACAUUUUUUAGCCUUGUAUACCAAAAAAGAGGCACUUUUGUACUGCAAACUGAUAGAAGUCUGUUUUUGUGUUCUCGUCUCAGAAACUGGGUCAGGAAAUAUCUGACACACUAACCCUCAUGCUAGCAAAUGCAGGGGAAACAAGCUUUUUACAGCUGUCAAAAUCUGAGCUCAAGGCCAUUUAUAUAUGUCAGGGAGAGAGAGGAAAACAGUGAAGCAAGCCAAGGCAUUAGCAAUCGUCCAACUAUGUUGUGGCUUUUGUUUAUUUCUGUCAAAGUAAACAUAUAAAAAGUCAAUAGAGACCCAUUUGGUCAGAUUUAACCUGACACCGGUAGUGAAAACCACCAUGAAUGAAGAGAAUGCCUCUUAAAAACAAUGGUGAUAAAUCUCUAUGGGAUUGUCUCUCUGCCUACACCAAACAAACUCUGAGGAGAAAAUCAGUAUUGUUCUUAUGGUGCUGACAUGUCAGACUGUAAAUAGUCCACUUUAAGCUUUAGUCUUGAUUCAGAGAAAGAACCCUAUGAACUUUUCAAAGAGAAGAAACAUUUACUGUUUUUGUCUUACUGGUUUAGACAAUAUACUCUAAGAGAAACCCAAGUGUUUAUUUAUGUCAUUUGACAAAAUGUAUUGAGUCCUUAAAAUUAUGAGGAUUAUAUUUAUACUGUUUAUAACAAGCUUGAUCAUUUUCACUGACCUUUUAAUGUUAAUGUACUGUCUUGUUGCAUACAUCAUGCUGGAUAAUAAAAUUUAUUUG